ACGCCGAGUUGGUUUCUCUGUAGAAUUAUUCUUCAUUCUUUCAUUCUUGGUUGCACCGGAUUACAUUUUUCUCUGGUUUGAUUCUGUUUGAUCUUUGCCGGAGUCGAUUCUCGGUCCUGGUUAAGCUGUAACUUUUUGACCGAGCAGCGAUGGGCGACGGAUGGAAGCUGUUAAGGUUGAAGCGGCGGUUGUUUCGAGUUCUAGUGGUGUUUUUGUGGUGUCCGGGUUUGGUGUGUUGUUCGCUGAAUGAUGAAGGUUUGGCGUUGCUGAGGUUGAAAGAGAGAGUGGUGAACGAUCCAUUUGGUGCUUUAUCGAAUUGGAAAGCUGGCGAUGGAUUCGUUGAUCCAUGUUCGUGGUUCGGAGUCGAGUGCUCUCUUGGACAAGUCGUGGUUUUGAACUUGAAAGAUCUUUGUCUUGAAGGAACAUUGGCACCUGAGCUUGGAAACCUAAUUCACAUAAAGUCCAUUAUUUUGCGCAACAAUUCCUUUGCUGGAAUCAUCCCUAAUGGUGUUGGAGCACUGAAGGAGUUGGAGGUGUUGGACUUGGGAUAUAAUAAUUUUACCGGACCACUUCCAGUUGAUAUUGGUGGCAACCUGUCACUGACCAUUCUUUUGCUCGACAACAAUGAGCUUCUUGGUAGCUUCUGUCCUGAAAUUAAUGAAAUUCAGAAGCUUUCUGAAACUCAAGUGGAUGAAGACUGGCUAUCUAAUUCUGCUAAAUCAUCUUGCAGUAGAAGAUUCAUUACAGGGAAUUCUGCCCAAACUGAAGAUAGAAUUCAAAGAAGAUUGCUCCAAGAAAACCCUCCCUCAACAACUUUGAGUGUUCCACCUGCAUCUGCUGAGUCCUCAAAAAUUCCUCCUUCCCCCUCUUCUUCUCCCUCUCCUUCACCCACUCGUUCUCCCUCUCGUUCUCCCUCUCGUUCUCCCUCUCGUUCUCCCUCUCAUUCUCCCUCUCGUUCUCCCUCUCCUUCCCCAGAUGUUUCUUCUUCACAACCUCCUCCCACUUCAGAAACGAAAGGUAAACAUUCUAGUUCAAGACAGCAUCAAGUUGCACGUUUGGUUGGUGUCAUAGGGGCUGCGGUAUUUGUCCCUUUGAUCAUUGGCACAUAUCUAUGGAAAUGCAAUAAGGGAUCUGCUGUCAAACCUUGGGCUACAGGGUUAAGUGGACAGCUUCAGAAAGCUUUUGUAACUGGUGUCCCAAAGCUUAAGAGAUCAGAGCUUGAAGCAGCUUGCGAAGAUUUCAGCAAUGUGAUUGGCUCUUCACCAAUUGGUACAAUAUAUAAAGGGACAUUAUCUAACGGGGUUGAAAUAGCUGUGGCAUCUGUUCCAGCGGCAUCUUCCAAAGACUGGUCAACAAACUUAGAGACACAGUUCAGGAAGAAGAUUGAUACACUCUCAAAAGUGAACCACAAAAACUUUGUCAAUCUUCUAGGGUAUUGUGAGGAAGAAGAUCCUUUCACGAGGAUGAUGGUUUUUGAAUAUGCUCCAAAUGGAACUCUCUUUGAGCAUCUACACUUUAAAGAAUCAGAACACUUGCACUGGGGAAUGCGGCUAAGAAUUGCAAUGGGUAUAGCUUACUGUCUUGAGCAUAUGCACCAGCUGAACCCACCCGUGGCUCAUAACAACCUGUCCUCAUCAGCUGUCAAUCUCGCUGAGGACUAUGCUGCCAAAAUCUCGGAUUUUAGUUUCUGGAAUGAGAUAGCUGUAGCUGAGGGAGAAGCAGGUAGCAAGAAGCUUUCAGAUUCCCUACCAGCAAGCCCAGAGAGUAACGUUUACAGCUUUGGUGUUCUAUUAUUUGAAAUGGUAAUGGGUAGCAUACCUUUGUUGGUGGAUAAUGGUUCACUGGGAGACUGGGCAUCAGAUUAUCUGAGAGGAAAACAGCCCCUAGUAGAGAUGGUGGAUCCAACUCUGAACUCUUUUGAUGAUAAGCAGCUGGAGAAGAUUGGUGAGGUAAUAAAAUCUUGUGUCUGCCCUGACCCUUCACAUAGACCAACAAUGAGAGAAGUCACCGCUAGAUUAAGAGACAUUACCACAAUAACACCUGAUAGAGCAACCCCAAAGCUCUCUCCUCUUUGGUGGGCAGAGCUUGAGAUUUUGUCUGGUGAUGCAAGUUAGGAGAGCAAGUUUGGGCUGCAAGCAAACUAAGUUUCUUAUUUUCAGUACUUGAGCAGCAGAAGCUGGCCCAUAGGAAAGCAGCUGUUCUGUUUUAUUUACGCUAUGUAGGGGCAGUUGUAUAUAUCCAAUAUAGGUUGGAAAUGCAUUAUCUUCUUUGUUCUUUGAUUUGCUGUUUAAGAUUUGGCUGUGAAAUCAAUAAGAAUGCAUAAUUGGGUGCUGGUUGAUUUCAAGUUUCUUCUAUUUUGUUCAACAAGGCCGUAAGCUGAAAGAAGAUGUAAACAAACAAAAAGGUUUAAUAAUAUUGUAAUUUUUUC